ACUGCGUGACGCGACGGGAAAAGGGGGAGUUCGCGGCCGGUGGCGGCGGUGGAGACAGCGGCGACCUGGGGAUCGAGCUGGAGGGACCUGGGGAGCGUGCAGAGACCUCUAGCUCGAGCGCAGGGGAUCUCCCGCCGGGAUGCCUGGGGAGCAGAUGGACCCUACUGGAAGUCAGUUGGAUUCAGAUUUCUCUCAGCAAGAUACUCCUUGCCUGAUAAUUGAAGAUUCUCAGCCCGAAAGCCAGGUUCUAGAAGAUGAUUCUGGUUCUCACUUCAGUAUGCUGUCUAGACACCUUCCUAACCUACAGACGCACAAAGAGAACCCAGUGUUGGAUGUAGUAUCCAAUCCUGAACAGACAGCUGGAGAAGAGCCAAGAGACACUAACAGUGGGUUCACUGGACAUGUGAAGGAAAACAAGGCUGCAGAUUCUACAGAUUCUCCUCAUUUGGACACAUGUGGUUCCAUCAGUCAGGUCAUUGAGCAGUUACCUCAGCCCAACAGGACAAGCAGUAUUUUGGGAAUGCCAGUGGGAUCUGCUCCUACUAUGGGGGAAGAAAAAGAAGAUCUGGAAGAGGAGAAAGGGGAGAAAGAGGAUUCUCCUGAUGAUGUUGUACACUCCUUUGGUGCUGAAGAACCUGCCUCAUCACAGUUGGGCUUUGGGGUUCUGGAGCUUUCCCAAAGCCAGGAUGUUGAAGAACUUCCUGUGCCAUGUGAAGUGGACAGAGAACAUCUACAGUCGGUGACCACCAACUCUUACACCAGAUUAUCUGAUGCGGAUGCGAAUACUGCAAUUAAACAUGAAGAACAAUCUAAUGAAGAUAUCCCUGUGGCAGAACAGUCCAGUAAAGACACUCUUGAGACAGCACAGCCCAGUAAGAAUGUACAUGUGGUAGAAGAGCAAAAUUCGCCACCUACAAGGUCAGAGGACAUAACUUCUAGUCCCAAAGUAUGUCUUGCUGCUAUGGAAGCAAAAGAACAAAUGUCUACUCAAGAACUUCUGGAAGGUGGACUGCAGAUUCAGAAGUCACUGGAGCCUGAGAUUUUGUCAACUCAGGAAGAUUUGUUUGACCAGAGCAAUAAAACAGCUUCUAAUGAUUGCUGUACUCCUACAAGAGGGGAAGGUGGGUGUUCUCUGGCUUCCACACCUGCAACCACUCUGCAACUCCUGCAGCUGUCUGGUCAGAGGUCUCUUGUUCAGGAGAGUCUUUCCACGAAUUCCUCAGAUCUUGUUGCUCCUUCCCCUGAUGCUUUCCGGUCUACCCCUUUUAUCGUUCCUAGCAGUCCCACAGAGCAAGAAGGGAGAAAAGAUGAGCCAAUGGAUAUGUCAGUGCUAGCUGAAGAGGGAGGUGCUCCAUUUCAGAAGCAACUCCAGGAUGAUGAACCAAUGGAAAUAGAAAACCCACCUCUCCCACCUAAGCCUGCUGUGUCACCACAAGCCUCAACACCAGUAUCUCAGAGUACACCAGUCUUCACUCCUGCAUCACUUCCUAUCCCAUCCCAGCCUGAGUUUUCUCAUGACAUUUUCAUUCCAUCACCAAGUUUGGAAGACCAAUCAAAUGACGGGAAGAAAGGUGGAGAUUUGAAUAGCUCAUCUUUGACAGUUGAGUGUUCUAAAACCUCAGAGUCUGAACCAAAGAAUUCCACUGAGGAUCUUGGCCUCUCUUUGACAGGGGAUUCUUGCAAGUUGAUGCUUUCUACAAGUGAGUAUAGUCAGUCCCCAAAGAUGGAGAGCUUAGGUUCUCAAAGGAUUGAUGAAGACGGAGAAAACACACAGAUUGAGGAUACUGAGCCCAUGUCUCCAGUUCUCAAUUCUAAACUUGUUGCUGCUGAAAAUGAUAGUAUUUUGUUGAAUCCAGCACAGGAUGGUCAAGUAGAACUGAGUCACAAUGAUGACAAAACAAAGGGAGAAGACACAGAGACCAGAGAUGACAUUAGUGUUUUAGCUACUGGCUGCAAAGUCAGAGAAGAAACCGUAGCAGAGGAUGUUUGUAUUGAUCUCACUUGUGAUUCAGGGAGUCAGGCAGUUCCUUCACCAGCUACUCGAUCUGAGGCACUCUCUAGUGUACUGGAUCAGGAAGAAGCUAUGGAAAUUAAAGAACACCAUCCAGAGGAGGGAUCUUCCGGGUCUGAGGUGGAAGAAAUUCCCGAGACUCCUUGUGAAAGUCAAGGAGAGGAGCCCAAAGAAGAAAAUAUGGAGAAUGUCCAGUUGCACCUUUCACUGACAGAAACUCAGUCCCAAGGAUUGUGUCUUCAAAAGGAAGUUCCAAAACAAGAAUGUUCAGAAGCUAUGGAAGUUGAAACGAGCGUGAUUAGUAUUGAUUCUCCCCCAAAACUACCAGUGAUUGACCAAGAACUGGAACAUAAGGAUCAGGAAGCGUGGGAAGAAGCUACUUCAGAGGACUCGAGUGUUGUCAUUGUAGAUGUGAAGGAGCCAUCUCCCAGAGUUGAUGUUUCUUGUGAACCUUUGGAGGGAGUGGAGAAAUGCUCAGAUUCCCAGUCAUGGGAAGAUGUUGCUCCAGAAAUAGAACCGUGUGCUGAGACAAGACUAGAUACCCAGGAGGAAAAGAACAUAAAAUACAGAGAAGAGGUGAAAGCAGUGCCUGCAGAAAAGGAACCUGUAGGGGAAGACUGUGCACAACCUCCUUUGCCUUUAGAGGCAAAAAAUGAGCCUCCACGACCCGACCAGGAGAAACAAGAGCCUCAACCUCAAGAGAAAACAGAUAAUGUAUUAACAGAAGUCUCAAAAGUGGCUAAUGCAAAGCAGCUGGACUCAGGCAGAGAGGCCCAGCAGCUGGAGAAGGCCUCUGCCCAUGCCUCACAAAGCUUCUGUGAAAAUUCGAGUGAAACUCCAUUUCAUUUCACUUUGCCUAAAGAAGGUGAUAUUAUUCCACCACUGGCUGGUGCAACCCCACCUCUUAUUGGGCACCUAAAAUUGGAGCCCAAGAGACACAGUACUCCUAUUGGCAUUAGCAACUAUCCAGAAAGCACCAUAGCAACCAGUGAUGUCAUGUCUGAAAGCAUGGUGGAGACCAAUGAUCCUCUACUUGGGAGUGGAAAGAGAGAUUCUGGGGCUGCCCCAGAAAUGGAUGAUAAAUUGUGCCUAAGAAUGAAACUGGUCAGUCCUGAAACUGAGGCAAGUGAAGAGUCUUUGCAGUUUAGCCUGGAAAAGCCUGCAACUAGUGAAAGAAAAAAUGGAUCUACUGCUGUUGCUGAGACUGUUGCCAGUCCCCAGAAGACCAUGACUGUGUUUAGCUGCAUCUGUGAAGGUCGGCAAGAGGAUGAGGUGCGAAGUGAAGAUUCCCCUUCUGCACCCAUCCGAGGGAACUUGCUCCAUUUUCCAAGUACUCAAGCAGAAGAGGAGAAGGAAAAAUUGGAAGGUGACCAAAGGAUCAGGCAGAGUGAACAGUCUGUGAAGCCUGUCAGUCCUCACAGGGACCCUGCUUCUCCCCUGUCCCAGCAGGUGGCCACACAGAGGCCAUCUAGUCCUCAAGAAGAAGCAAUGGAGACAGAUGUGCUAGAAGGCCAGAGAGGAAGACAGAACACUGAUCGGGAAAAGCCUAGUAAGACCUUGGUUGAAAGGCCCACCCAGAAUAACAUAGGAAUCCAGACCAUGGAGCGUUCCCUGUGGGUCCCAGAAACUGUUUCAGCAGGAACCCAGACUGUGAAGAAUGUGUGUGAGCAGGGGACCAGUACAGUGGACCACAGCUCUGGAAAACAAGAUGCAGUGGUGCAGACCGAGAAGGGCAGUGGUGAGAAACCUGGCGGUGCUCCUGGGGAUGACACGGAGUCGCUCCACAGCCAGGGAGAAGAAGAGUUUGAAAUGCCUCAGCCUCCACAUGGCCAUGUCUUGCAUCGCCACAUGAGAACAAUCCGUGAAGUGCGCACACUCGUCACUCGUGUCAUCACAGAUGUGUAUUAUGUGGAUGGAACAGAAGUAGAAAGAAAAGUAACUGAGGAAACUGAAGAGCCAAUUGUAGAGUGUCAGGAGUGUGAAACUGAAGUGUCCCCUUCCCAGACUGGGGGCUCCUCAGGUGACCUGGGGGAUAUCAGCUCCUUCUCCUCCAAGGCAUCCAGCUUACACCGCACGUCAAGUGGGACGAGUCUCUCAGCCAUGCACAGCAGUGGCAGCUCAGGGAGAGGAGCCGCACCACCCAAAGGGAAAACCAGCGGGACAGAACCCGCAGAUUUUGCCUUACCCAGCUCCCGAGGAGGCCCAGGAAAACUGAGUCCUAGAAAAGGGGUCAGUCAGACAGGGGCGCCAGUGUGUGAGGAGGAUGGUGAUGCAGGCCUUGGCAUCAGACAGGGAGGGAAGGCUCCAGUCACGCCUCGUGGGCGCGGGCGAAGGGGCCGCCCGCCUUCUCGGACCACUGGAACCAGGGAAACAGCUGUGCCUGGCCCCUUGGGCAUAGAGGACAUUUCACCCAGCAUGUCACCGGAUGAUAAAUCCUUCACCCGAAUCAUGCCCCGAGUGCCAGACUCCAGCAGACGAGCAGAUGUGGGCACUGGUGCUUUGCGUCGUAGUGACUCUCCAGAGAUUCCUUUCCAGGCUGCUGCUGGCUCCUCUGAUGGCUUAGAUACCUCCUCUCCAGGGAACAGCUUUGUAGGGCUUCGUGUCGUAGCCAAAUGGUCAUCCAAUGGCUAUUUUUACUCUGGGAAAAUCACACGAGAUGUUGGAGCUGGGAAGUAUAAAUUGCUCUUUGAUGAUGGGUACGAGUGUGAUGUAUUGGGCAAAGACAUUCUCUUGUGCGACCCCAUCCCACUGGACACAGAAGUGACAGCACUUUCAGAAGAUGAGUAUUUCAGCGCAGGAGUGGUGAAAGGACAUAGGAAGGAGUCCGGGGAGCUGUACUACAGCAUUGAGAAGGAAGGCCAAAGGAAGUGGUAUAAGCGAAUGGCUGUCAUCCUGUCCUUGGAACAAGGAAACAGACUGAGAGAACAGUAUGGGCUUGGCCCAUACGAGGCAGUAACACCCCUCACAAAAGCAGCGGAUAUAAGCUUAGACAACUUGGUGGAAGGGAAGCGGAAACGGCGCAGUAACAUCAGCUCCCCAGCUACCCCCACUGCGUCCAGCAGCAGCAGCACAACGCCUGCCCGUAAGAUCACAGAAAGUCCUCGGGCCUCUGUGGGCGUUCCCGCAGGCAAAAGAAAACUUAUUGCUUCUGAAGAGGAACGGUCCCCUGCCAAGCGAGGCCGCAAGUCUGCUGCCGCGAAACCUGGUGCAGUGGGGGCAGGAGAGUGUGUGAGCCCCUGUGAAAGUGGAGAUCACACCACUGAACCCUCUACCAUGGAAGAGCAAAGGGGUCCUUUACCACUCAACAAGACCUUGUUUCUUGGCUAUGCCUUUCUCCUCACCAUGGCCACAACCAGUGACAAGCUGGCCAGCCGCUCCAAGCUGUCCGAUGGGCCUACAGGAAGCAGUGAGGAAGAGGAGGAAUUUUUAGAAAUUCCACCUUUCAACAAGCAGUAUACAGAAUCCCAGCUUCGAGCAGGAGCUGGCUAUAUCCUUGAAGAUUUCAAUGAAGCCCAGUGUAACACAGCCUACCAGUGUCUGCUAAUUGCGGAUCAACACUGUCGAACCCGGAAGUACUUCCUGUGCCUUGCCAGUGGGAUUCCUUGUGUGUCUCAUGUCUGGGUCCAUGACAGUUGCCAUGCCAACCAGCUCCAGAACUACCGUAAUUACCUGUUGCCAGCUGGGUACAGCCUUGAGGAACAGAGAAUCCUGGAUUGGCAACCUCGUGAAAACCCUUUCCAGAAUCUGAAGGUACUCUUGGUGUCAGACCAACAGCAGAAUUUCCUGGAGCUCUGGUCUGAGAUCCUCAUGACUGGUGGAGCAGCCUCUGUGAAGCAGCAUCAUUCAAGUGCCCACAACAAAGAUAUUGCUUUAGGGGUAUUUGACGUGGUGGUGACGGACCCCUCCUGCCCAGCCUCGGUGCUGAAGUGUGCCGAAGCAUUGCAGCUGCCUGUGGUGUCACAAGAGUGGGUGAUCCAGUGCCUCAUUGUUGGGGAAAGAAUUGGAUUCAAGCAGCAUCCAAAAUACAAACAUGAUUAUGUUUCUCACUAAAGAUACUUGGUCUUACCGGCUUUGUUCCCUGCUCUUGUGGAGAUUGUGUUUUAACCAGGUUUUAAAUGUGUCUUGUGUGUAACUGGAUUCCUUGCAUGGAUCUUGUAUAUAGUUUUAUUUGCUGGACUUUUAUGAUAAAAUAAAUGUUGAAUCUCUUUGGUUGUAGUAA